AUGAAAUUUUCGCAUACAAGUUUAACAAUUUUAAUCUACGUUGGGAUUUUUAUAACUAAAUCCCAAGAACAAACAAGCGUUAAUAUAACGAUAGGAACAUGUAAUGAUUUUUCAUGUAAUCUCAAACGAACUCCAUGUUCAACUAAUCUUGAUUGUGAAUGUUUUUAUAUAACAUCAAAUUAUUCAAGUGGAGGCAUUUGUGCAUCAGCAUUCAUAUCUUGUUCAGCUCUUUUACCAUGUGAUAUAAAUAAUACAACAUGUUCUUACGAUAACACAAUAUGUGUUCAAAAUACACGUUGUGGUACACCAGUUUGUUAUCCAACACUUUUAUCAAGUACAUUAAUAUGUCCACCACUUCCAACAACUACAACAAGUACAACUACUACAACAACUUCUACUUCAACGUCAUCAACAACUACGACCAGUACUACUACAACAACUACUACUACUACAACUACUACUACGGCCAUACCUUGUUCGUGGUCACAAUGGGCAAAUGGUGCGUGUAGUGUUACAUGUGGUAAUGGUAUUUAUAUACGACAACGUCUAUGUCUUGACUUAAAAGCUUCGAGUUGUAAUAGAUGUGACACACCAACAGAUCCUAUAAAUGGCACUCGGCCUUGCUAUUAUCCCGUCUGUUCAUGA